AAUCCUAAACUGACAGUGAAGCCAUGCAUGUGGAGAGGAAAUGGCACGUACUGUUGACCAUCUUUUUCCUGCUCAUCACCUCUGGUCAGUGUUUGGACAGCAAAAAGAUCAAGCCAGAAACAAGGACCCUGUUGGAUCUAAUCUUACAGGUUAUCAGGGACAGUCAGCAACGGGACAAGCCUGUGUCCAGGCGCUGUGGCGGUGUAUUCCACUCAGCUCAAGACAUGAAGGUCUCCUCUCGGGAAAAGCCUUUCUAUGCCCCUAGGCUGGAUAACAGCAGACUCAUGGAUAUCGCUGCUAGAGAUGCACACCUGAAAGAAAAAUUCAUUCAGCAUUUCGGAGGACAUGUCAAGUUUUCGUCAGAGUGCAAAACACGCUUUCAUAGACUAUACCACACCACAAGGGACUGCUCAAAACCAGCAUAUUACAAAAGAUGUGCGAGAUUGCUCACACGAUUAGCAAUGAGCCCGCUCUGCAUGCAGUCGUAG